AUGCCUCCCACGCGCUCACGACCUGCACGCGCCGCAUCAAAGGCUGCGAAGCCCUACGCUUCCAUCUCCAGCCGCGAGCCGAGCGAGGGCGGAAGCGAGGUUAGCGAAGAGAAGCCCGACCUCGACCUCGACUUUGACGAACUGGACGACGAGGACGUCAAGCCUGACCUUGACCUGGACGAGAAGCCCAAGCGCAAGACCACCAAGGGAAAGGGCAAGGGCAAGACUAAGGCUGCCGCGUCCACAGCGACGGCUGCGACUGGCGCCAAGUGGUCGGGUGACGAGGACUGGGCCCUGUUCCAGGCCAUCUUCCCCCGUGCCGCUAAGAUUGACUGGAACGCUGUCUCCGCCGGCGUCGGGAGGGAUGCCAAGGUGAGUAUAGUGUUGUCUGCCGGCCUCCUGCUGUGA